CUGGGAUCAUGGCGGAGAAUCACUGCGAGCUGCUGCCGCCGGCCCCGGGCGGCCUCGGGGCGGGGCUGGGGGCCGGCCUGUGCCGCCGCUGCAGCGCGGGGCUCGGCGCCCUGGCCCAGCGCCCCGGCGGCGUGUCCAAGUGGGUCCGACUCAACGUCGGCGGCACCUACUUCCUCACCACCCGGCAGACGCUGUGCCGGGACCCGAAAUCCUUCCUGUACCGUUUGUGCCAGGCCGACCCCGACCUGGACUCGGACAAGGAUGAAACUGGUGCCUAUUUAAUCGACAGAGACCCCACAUACUUUGGACCUGUGCUGAACUACCUAAGACACGGGAAGCUGGUCAUUAACAAAGACCUCGCAGAGGAAGGAGUGUUGGAGGAAGCGGAAUUUUACAAUAUCACCUCACUAAUAAAACUUGUAAAGGACAAAAUUAGAGAACGAGACAGCAAAACCUCCCAGGUGCCGGUGAAGCAUGUUUACCGUGUGCUGCAGUGUCAGGAGGAGGAGCUCACCCAGAUGGUGUCUACCAUGUCUGAUGGCUGGAAGUUCGAGCAGCUGGUCAGCAUCGGCUCUUCCUACAACUACGGGAGCGAGGACCAGGCGGAGUUCCUCUGUGUGGUCUCCAAGGAGCUGCACAACUCCCCGUACGGCACGGCCAGUGAGCCCAGUGAGAAAGCCAAGAUUUUGCAAGAACGGGGUUCAAGGAUGUGAGAAGCACAGUGUUGACAGCUGAAGAAACAUUUUAUCUUGUCCUAAGUUGCAACGAUCUGCCAUGUGGAGGAAGCUUGGCCGUGAGAAGAAACCUGCGUUUGACAAUUUCUCUAUAGAGAUCUGGGUGUGGAUCCUUUUUUGCCUCUGAGGUGGGCGGUGCAAGACGGGACCACCUGUCUGGGACCGGGCGUCCCCACUCGGAGCAGGCGUGCUGGCCAGGUGGGUGUCCCCCUGGGGGCCUCCGCUCGGUGUUCCCCAUGCUGCAUGGGCCCGAGGCGGGAAGCUUCCAGCCAACCCCUGUAAUCACCGAAGAUCAUUUAAAGGACAGCGCUCUUGGUGCUAACAUAACAUAAACAGUCUGUGACGGAGCCUGGGCCUUGCUGGUAGGAAGUGGCUGCAGCGCCGUGGCCACAGGCUCUGGGUGCCCACUGGUCACCCACGUGCACCAGGCCCUGGUCCUCGGGUCAGGUAGUCCACUCUGCCUUCCCGGUGGAAGAGGUUGGCAGUUUCUUGCAGCCCCAGCGGGUGCCUCCUGAGAGAGGCGGCCCCCGCAUGUUCACUACUUCCCGGGCCUCAGCCCCGAGGCCCGGCCUCCUUCAGAGCCAGGCUCCCCCUGCCUGACCAUGUCGGGAACAGUCGAGGCUUCUCCACUUACAUUUUACAGGCAAGAGAACUUUGCAUCCCUUCUUCCCCAGUGUGGACAGACGACCCAGCGUUUGUACUUUUUAGAGAUGCCUGAAAGUGUUGCUGCAUUUUGGACUGAUGCGUUAAGUCAUUGAAGGGGAGGUAGAUGCUUGUUGGGUUUGGCCCAGCCUCGGGCCUGGGGGGGAGCUGUUGCCCGUCAGUGCCUUUGUCUCGCCUGGGAUGGAGGUCCUGGGAUGGAGGUCGGGGCGGAGGCCUGUCCACCUGGCUCCCGGAGCUGAGACUCCCGGUCACCCUGAAAACCGGAUGUUUACAAUGCAUCACAAAUCUCUCCCUCU